AUGGAUGACCCGCCAGGUCGGUCCUUUCGCCUUGAUGGGCGAAACUCCUUCUACUCGCGGAUGGCUCACCAGCUGGGGCCGUCCUUUUUUCUGAUCGGUGGCUUUUGGGCCCUCGGAUGGGCCGUCUUUGUGCAUCUGGAUUUCGGUGCCCCCUAUUUUGCCCUCUCAUUGAUCCUGCUGCUCAUUCUUUUCGGGGGGAGACGGCGCUCCGAGCAGGGCCCCCGCCGCCCGGGGGAACUCAGCGCCUAUGCUGCCUUCAAUCCCGGCGGCGAGCGGAUCCUCGGUGACCGCAGGCCGGAGGAAAUGGUGCGACAGCUGGUUGUCGGGUAG